CGCCAGUCCAGCCCACUCCUUCAUAAAGCCCUCGCAUCCCAGGAGCGAGCAGAGCCAGGGUAGGAUGGAGAGGAGACGCAUCACCUCUGCUGCUCGCCGCUCCUACGUCUCCUCGGGGGAGAUGAUGGUGGGGGGCCUGGCUCCUGGCCGCCGUCUGGGUCCUGGCACCCGCCUCUCCCUGGCUCGAAUGCCCCCUCCACUCCCGACCCGGGUGGACUUCUCCCUGGCUGGAGCACUCAAUGCUGGCUUCAAGGAGACCCGGGCCAGUGAGCGGGCAGAGAUGAUGGAGCUCAAUGACCGCUUCGCCAGCUACAUCGAGAAGGUUCGCUUCCUGGAACAGCAAAACAAGGCGCUGGCUGCUGAGCUGAACCAGCUGCGGGCCAAGGAGCCCACCAAGCUGGCCGACGUCUACCAGGCUGAGCUGCGAGAGCUGCGACUGCGGCUCGAUCAACUCACCGCCAACAGUGCCCGGCUGGAGGUCGAGAGGGACAAUCUGGCACAGGACCUGGGCACCGUGAGGCAGAAGCUCCAGGAUGAAACCAACCUGAGGCUGGAAGCCGAGAACAACCUGGCUGCCUAUAGACAGGAAGCAGAUGAAGCCACCCUGGCCCGUCUGGAUCUGGAGAGGAAGAUUGAGUCGCUGGAGGAGGAGAUCCGGUUCUUGAGGAAGAUCCACGAGGAGGAGGUUCGGGAACUCCAGGAGCAGCUGGCCCGACAGCAGGUCCAUGUGGAGCUGGACGUGGCCAAGCCAGACCUCACCGCAGCCCUGAAAGAGAUCCGCACGCAGUAUGAGGCAAUGGCGUCCAGCAACAUGCAUGAAGCUGAGGAGUGGUACCGUUCCAAGUUUGCAGACCUGACAGACGCUGCUGCCCGCAACGCGGAGCUGCUCCGCCAGGCCAAGCACGAGGCCAACGACUACCGGCGCCAGUUGCAGUCCUUGACCUGCGACCUGGAGUCUCUGCGAGGCACGAACGAGUCCCUGGAGAGGCAGAUGCGCGAGCAGGAGGAGCGCCACGCGCGGGAGGCGGCCAGUUACCAAGAGGCGCUGGCGCGGCUGGAGGAAGAGGGGCAGAGCCUCAAGGACGAGAUGGCCCGCCACUUGCAGGAGUACCAGGAGCUGCUCAACGUCAAGUUGGCCCUGGACAUCGAGAUCGCCACCUACAGGAAGCUGCUGGAGGGCGAGGAGAACCGGAUCACCAUUCCUGUGCAGACCUUCUCCAACCUGCAGAUCCGAGAAACCAGCCUGGACACCAAGUCUGUGUCAGAAGGCCACCUCAAGAGGAACAUCGUGGUGAAGACCGUGGAGAUGCGGGAUGGAGAGGUCAUUAAGGAGUCCAAGCAGGAGCACAAGGAUGUGAUGUGAGGCAGGACCCACCUGGUGGCCUCUGUCCCAUCUCAUGAGGAGCCUGAGCAGAAGCAGGAUAGUUGCUCCACCUCUGCUGGUGCAUUUCCCCAGACCUGAGCUCCCCGCCACCCCAGCUGCUCCCCUCCCUCCUCUAUCCCUAGGCCAGCUUGCUGCCCUAGGCUCCGUCAGUAUUAGGCCUGCCAGAUGGCACCCACCCAGCACCCAGCAACUCCAACUAACAAGAAACUCACCCCCAAGGGGCAGUCUGGAGGGGCAUGGCCAGCAGCUUGGGUUAGAAUGAGGAGGAAGGAGAGAAGGGGAGGAGAGUGGGGGGGACCUACUACAUCGCCCUCCACAUCCCUGAUACCUGUUGUUACGGAAACUGUUGCCAGAGCUGGAGGUUCUCUCAGGGUAUCUGGGAACUGUACCUCUGAGUUUCCUCAGGCUGCUGGAGGAAAACUGAGACUCAGACAGGAAAGGGAAGGCCCCACAGACAAGGUAUCCUUGGACAGAGGCUUGUUUUGUUUUUUGUUUUUUAUGAGGCGAGGUCUCCUAUGCUGCCCAGGCUGACCUUGAACUCCUGGGCUCAAGCAAGUCCUCCCACCUCAGCCUCCUGUGUAGCUGGGAUUACAGGCUCGAGCCACCAUGCCCAGCUCAGAGGGUUGUUCUUCUAGACUGACCCUGAUCAGUCUAAGAUGGGUGAGGACGUCCUGCCACAUGGGGCAGUCACCUGCCCAGAUCCCAGAGGGACCUCCUGAGCGAUGACUCAAGUGUCUCAGUCCACCUGAGCUGCCAUCCAGGGACCCUGUCUGUGGGCAUGCUGUGGGCAGGUGGGAGCUUGAUUCUCAGCACUUGGGGGAUCUGUCGUGUACGUGGAGAGGGAUGGGGUGCUGGGAGGGAUACAGGGGGGCUGCCUGGUCCCCAGUGGUGGGUACAGAGAGGGCAAGCCCAGGAGGACUGCCCCGUGCAGACUGGAAGGGACGCUGGUAGAGAUGGUGGAGGAGGCAAUUGAGACGGCGCUAGGCAUCCAAGUAGGGGUUGUGGGUGACCAGUUGCACUUGGCCUCUGGGUUGUGGGAAUUAAGGAAGUGACUUAUCCUCUUGAAGAUGCUGAAACAGGAGAGAAAGGGGAUGUAUCCAUGGGGGCAGGGUAUCACUUUGUCCCAGUUUUAAAGGCCUCUUCCUUGCUGUGUCAUCCCAGGCCACCCCAGCCUCUGAGCCCCUGGGACUGCUGCUUCUUGACCCCCGUAAGCCACUGCCACACGUCUGACCCUCUCCACCCCGUAGUGAGCGGCUGCUUUUCCUUAAGCCAAGGGCCUCUUGUGGUCCCUUCUUACUCACACACAAAAUGUACCCAGUAUUUUAGGUAGCGCCAUAUUUUACAAUUUGUAAAACAGGCACGAGCAAAAUGAAGACACUGGCUCAUAUUCCUGCAGCCUGGAGGCCGGGUGCUCAGGGCUGACAUGUCCACCCUAGUACCCCCACUCUGCUUUUUAACUGGGCAGACCGGUAAGCAGACUGGUGGGAUCUGUGCCCAGAAACGGGACUGGGAGGGCCCACUUCAGGGUUCUCUCCCCUCUAAGACUGAAGGGUCCUUCCCUCUCCCCAAGACUUGGUGUCCUUUCCCUCCACUCCUUCCUGCCGCCUGCUGCUGCUGCUGCUAAUCUUCAGGGCACUGCUGCUGCCUUUAGUCGCUGAGGAAAAAUAAAGACACAUGCUGCGCCCUUCCCC